UAAAAAGUUGCCUGAUCGUGUGUACGUCCAAGCCAACACUGUCAUUAAAGACGAUGACACGGUUGAAUUGUUGGAAUACGACGCUUCUCCAGCUGGCAUGAUUCAAAGCGUUAUUGAGAGAAAACUAUGAAGAAAGAAUGUUGUUAAUAAAAACGGAUGAGUCUCCCCCCAGAGAAAGGUUACACUGAACUUGUCUAUAUUUAUUGCUAGAGUAUUUUCUUCCAACUGCUCCGUUUUUAUUUUCUUUUGCUUGGAUGCAUGGCUCAGCAAUCACUGCCCUACAAUCAGCAAUUGGGUUUACCGAACUCUAAUGUGCCUUGGCGAGCAGGCCAUGCAGCAGUGUUCCAACCACCCUAUGUGAUCGUGUACGGUGGUGUCAAAGAUCCAACCGCCAAUAAUUCUGGCACCUUGACAGGAUCAGACGACGUUUGGGCAUGGAAUGUCAAUGGUUCAUGGUAUAACCCGCAACCCAUUGUACAGACUACCUCAGGUACUUUGCUACCUCAGGUAUUAUUUCAAGCCCUCAAUUUACCCAGCCAAGGUCAAAUGCUGGCUAUCGUUAGCAACACCACAGGAGGAUCAACCAUUGGUACACUUCAAGUCUUGGACACUACGUCUUGGUCAUGGAGUUUUCCACCACCCCUGCAACCGCCUACACGAACCCAAGGCUUCUCUGCCAUCAUCGUUAAUAACACCGUUUAUUCCUAUGGAGGCUCUUCCGUCGACGUGAAUGGUCUCAUCCAAUCUAACUCGGUUCAAAAUACCUUAUCAUCAAUGGACGCCAACUCCUUUUCAUGGAGUAAUGCGCCUAAUGGUCCCGCCUUAACUGAACACGCGUCAUGUUAUCUUCCCAAGUGUAACUGUAUGAUUACUUUUGGCGGCUCGUCUACUGGAGUUGCCAAUGAAGUACUAAGCGAUGUUAAUAUUUACAACCUGGGAUCGAGUACGUGGAAUCUAAACUACGCCGUGGGCUCGGUUGGCGGAGCGUCUCCCGGCCCAAGACGACUGCACACCGCCACAUGUCUGACCGAUAAAGCGAUUAUCUAUGGUGGUGGUACGAACCAACCGGUCGAUAACGAUGUUUGGAUCUUGGAUGCCAGUGCCUGGCCGACUUUAACUUGGCUACGGCAAGAUACAAACAAGGCGAAUGGCCCCAGUAUGCGAAUGGGUCACUCCGCCGUUUAUGACAGCUCCUCCAAAAAUAUCUAUUUCUACGGAGGGUGGGGUCCUAGUGCUACCAACGAUAAUAAUAUGUAUGUGUUAAACAGCAAUAACUGGACCUGGUCAUCCGUACCCAGUACUGGUUAUCCUACGGCGACCACGUCGUCCAAUAGCCCUCCCUCAGCUUCAUCAACGAAUAACACGCCACCUACAACUGGUCAUAGUUCCCUCAACACUACUCCCAUCAUUGCUGGUUCUGUUGUGGGUGGUGUUGUUGCCAUUGCCGCCAUUAUCCUUGGCAUCGUCCUUUAUCGCCGACAUCAAAAUAAUAAGUAUAUCGUAACAGACAAGGAAGUGUUUGUCCGCGAAGGCUUUCCUCCAGAUUCCUUUAAGGAUGGGAGUAGCAAAAAUCUGACGGAACACGGAAACAGCUCUUUCGGAAUGACGGAACCCACCAACCAAAAUGUAGUCAAUACUAGCAAUCGACACUCAACUGCCUGGACGCUUAGUACCAUGAACGAUUCCGUUGGUCGAAUGGGUACUAUGUCUGAACUUGGCGAUCGAAAUUCUCGCUUCUUAUCCGGCGUGCUGGAGAUGAUGCCACCUAUAGCCCACAAUGAUUCAGAAGGUUUAAGCCGGGAUUCGAAUGACUCUGGACGAAGGAGCCCGUUCGAUCGAAACUCUCAUCCCAGCAACGGAUUUUUGCAAUUUCAGGGACCUGGUCAAACUCCCAAUGAAUUCGAUAGUUAUGAGCGACAAAAGCCCAACGAAUAUUCUAGAGCCAUUACAUCACCACAUGCCAAUCACAGUGUUAACAUUGAUCACCGCUUGAGCCAACCUAUUAGCUAUCAUGAAGGCGCUCCUCUCAGCAGCAGUAUGGAAGUAUUCCGCAGCAGUAUGAAUACCACCAGUGAUAUGGUUGCUCCUGUGAUGAUUACACAUGCCAUUGCAAAGCAGACGGAUAAUACCAUCCCACCUGCGGCCAACUCACAAAAUGUGGACGACGAUGAGGCAUGGACCUUUGCUGAUUCUUUAUCGUUCAAUGGUGAUGGACCUCCACCUAUUCGAUACAUACCUCCUUCUGGAUCCAGUCGACACUUCAGCGUAGCCACUACGUCGUCAUCUCCCAGUGCUGCCUUGUAUGCAUCCAAACAUUUGAGUCGAAGCACAAUACCACUGACCCAUCAUCAGCACUCCAGCGUUCCUGUUGCCCGACCUGCCACGCCGCCCAGUGCUUCAUUGCCCAAUCUAUCCACCUCCAGUGUGCCAAGCACGGGUGGUAGUGAUAUUUACCGCGCUGUCAGUCCCCUGGAUAUGCUAGCAACUUUAGGAAAUAUGCCAGAUACCAGCGAAGUGGUCAUUGAAUCCCCCCGCGAUAGCGUGGCACCAGAAAGUAGUCGCCAAUCAAGUUCAGAUGUACUCUCGACUCCGGAAAGCGAAAUUCGGACGCCUUCCGAAGCUACAUCCGGAUUUAUCGCAAGUCUUCCUGGAAGGUAUACCGCGGACCUUGAACGAUCGACAAUUGAAGGUCCCUCCAAUAGCGUUAUCUUUGUUCAAACUACGGAUAAUCAUACACCAAGAACCAUCAAAUGGUUUGGUAGACGAGAAGCUUGGGAGCGGGAAUGUCGCACUUUGAUGAAGCUUCGCUCACCUUAUGUGGUCGAGCUGGUAGAAGUCCUGACCAUUCAAAACCAGAAGAACAAGACUCAGCCGUCGGAGGAAGAAAAUGUUCAAUACGCGACGGUGAUGGAAUGUCUGGAUGAAACCCUUGGGUCUAUUAUCCGUCAUGCUCGACGCAACAAAAGACGAGCCCCAGGUUUGCAUGCCAUCAUCAAGGAAAUUACAGAAAGUCUUGGAUGGUGCCACUCACGAGGUAUUGCAUUCUGUGACCUCAAACCAAGUAAUGUAAUGCACAAUCGUCGUAAUGGGCACUGGAAACUCAUCGACUUUGAAGCAAGUCGUACCAUUGGAGAAGAACUGGUUGGUGUAAUUACUCCUCGAUACUGUCCACCCGAGGUGGCUCGUGCAACAACUUAUGGUCUCGAAGGAGCCAACGGUGUUGUGGCGGCUGCAAGCAUCGAUAUGUGGGCUUUGGGAUGUGUGGUUUAUGAACUGGAGACCAACAGUCCUCUGUUCCCUAAUAAUAUUACGGAUUCUACCAUUCUACACUUCAUUUCACAUCCCUCUAGCACGACACCAGCCCUCAAUAACGGACUGCGAUGGAACGAUGAGUGCGAGCUGGAAAUUCCUGGAUUGGAUAGUCUCAUACAAGACAGUCAUUCGCGCACUUUAAUUCGCACCCUUCUUAGCCGAGAUCCAGCAAAGCGAAGCGAUGUUGCUUCUGUUCUGGUAAGUACACAGGCUUUUUUUUGCAAAGUUGACUUUCGAAUGGCAAUAUGUUUUGACAGUACCUACAUUUUAGCGAUCAACUUACCUGAGACAAGCUCAACAAUUGCCUCAACGAACUCCCAGUCAACGCGGUCAGCGCCAUACCGUGGAUGUUGUAAACAAUGUUCUGCCUCAAACUGCAGACAUUGUCACAAAGGACUCCCUUCCGACUGAAGGACCAUGAUAUCACUGACUUUUUCUAUACACACAUUCAUUUGUUUCCUUCUACAUGUUUUUGUUUGGGCUCUAUCAUUUUACAACUGCACACACAGUCCCUUUCUCUUCUCAUCACCUUGUUAUUUGUAUCAAAUUCUGCUAUUUUUCCAACAUGGAAGUACAUAGACAAAGACAAUCUGUAGUUUUAGCAAUCAUUUACUUCAACAUUCAUUUACUUCAAGAAAAAAAAAACCACUAACAUUUAUAUCACAUUCCCCAAUUUAUCUGGGCGGCGUA